AUGGAGCGACUGGCGGCGGCGCUGGGCCGCCUCGCGUGGAGCCCCGGCCCGCCGCUGCCGCUCGACCUCAUCGUGGCCAGGUGCCGCCUGCCCGCCCUCGUGCGUCCCGGACCCGGGGAGUUCGUGGAGGGCGUCGGCGAGCAGGACGUGCUGCUGAUCCAUUCCUGCCGCCAGUGGACCACGGUGACGGCCCACGGCCUGGAGGAGGGCCACUACGUCAUCGGCCCCAAGAUCGACAUUCCCCUCCAGUACCCAGGCAAGUUCAAGCUGCUGGACGAGGAUCGAGACGUGCGGGAGCCCGUGCGGUACUUCAGCAGCGUGGAGGAGGUGGCCAGCACGUUCCCGGAGCGCGUGUUCGUCAUGGAGGCCAUCACCUUCAGCGUCAAGGUCGUGUCGGGCGAGUUCAGUGAGGAGAGCGAGGUGUACAAUUUCACCCUGCAUGCAGGGGACGAGCUGACCCCCAUGGGCCAGGCCGAGAUCCUGUGCGCCAAGGCCGCCAAGGAGAAGUCGCGCCUCAACGCGCUGCUGCGGAAGCUGGGCAAGGCGGGCGCCCCCGGCGGCGCGGGAGGCGGCGGCGGUGGCGGCGGCGCGGGCGGGCGGGCGGCGCGGGGCAAGGUGCCCUGCCUGAUCUGCAUGAACCACCGGACCAACGAGAGCCUCAGCCUGCCCUUCCAGUGCCGGGGGCGCUUCAGCACGCGCUCCCCGCUGGAGCUGCAGAUGCGCGCCGGCGAGCACACGGUGCGCAGCAUCGUCGAGAAGGUGCGGCUGCCCGUGAACGUGACCGUGCCCGCCCGCCCGCCGCGCAACCGCUACGACCUGCACGCCGUGCGCGAGGGCCACUGCUACAAGCUGCUGGGCAUCGUCUCCAAGACGGUGGUGCUGUGCUGCGCGCUGCGCCGCGACGCGGUGGCGCCGUGCCACGUGCUGCUGCUGCCAGACACGCCGCGGUUCCUGCUCCCGGAGGGGGCGCUGCGCGGGGGCGGCGGCGGCGGCGACCCGCUGCUGGAGCGCCUGCUGCGCGAGAGCGCCGCGCUGUGCGGCGAGCGCUUCGACCCGCACGAGUACUCGCGCGCCGUGCGCGAGGCGCGCCCCGAGCUGCCCGAGCAGUGCGUGAGGGAGGAAUGCCGCCUCCUGGUGGCCCCCCCGCUGCCGCCACGGGGGGGUCCUGGCCCGGGCACCCCCAGCCCGCCUGUGCCCGAGCGCUCCUCCAGGCUGCAGGCCGCGGCCUCGCCCAGCUCCAGCUUGUCCUACUACUCGCCGGGGCUGCACGACGCGUCGAGGCCCCAGAGCAGCAGCUCCUCCCCGUCGCCGGACCCCCUCUACUGCUACCCCUGCGCGUGGGGGGACUGCAAGGCGGGGGAGUCCUCCAGCCAGCAGCCGGCCAACCCCCCCGCGCCGCCGCAGCCUCCGCACCUGGCCUCGUGGUCCGAUCCGUGGGCCUACAGCGACCUGGGCCCGAGCGUGGCAGCGGGCCGCUCCACACCGCUGCUGGGGGGCCGUGAGGCCGGCGCCAUCAAGGGCUACCACAGCUGCCCCCGCCUGAAGCCGCCGCCGCCCGCCCAGAAGCGCUUCGCCCCCUUCGGGGCCCUGAACCCCUUCUCCAGCCCAGCCUGCUCCCCCGGCCCGGCCUCCCCUGGCUCCACGGACUGGCUGGAACCCCAAGGCGCCCCCUUUCCGGAGACAGAGCUGCACUACAGCCCGGCCCCCCCGCCCCGCGCGGCCCCAGCCUUCGCCCCCGCCGAGAGCCGGCUGCUCCAGGCGGCCGUGGCCCCGCACCCGCCCGCCCUGCUGCACGGCGCCGAGGGGGGCGUCGCACGCCUCUACCUGGCCCAGGGCGUGAUCAAGGUGCCCCCCGCGCGGCUCAACGGGGACGGCUCGCCCUGGCAGCCCCCGGCGGACCUGUCGGCACUCUCCCUGGAGGGGGUGUCGCGCUGCCUGCGCUUCAUCGGCCUCUCCGAGGACGUGGUCAGCUUCUUUGCCCGCGAGCGCAUCGACGGCAGCAUCUUCGUGCAGCUCACGGAGGAGAUCCUGUCCGAGGACUUCCGCCUCACAAAGCUCCAGGUCAAGAAGAUCAUGCAGUUCAUCAAGGGCUGGCGGCCCAAAGUCUAGCGGGCCCUUCCUGCGGGCAGCGGGGGCACCAUCCGCAGCGCCCGGAGGGGCAGGGCAGUUCCUCCAGCCGUGUCCCCGGGCCAGAGGGCCUCCGGUUGCCUGGGCUCGGUAGGCUUGUGGCCCCACGGCGCCGCACACUUGCUGUGGGGGGAGAGGGGGAUGCGAAAGCAGCCCUGAAGCAACGGGCCCGGGAAUCCCA